GGCAUUAUGCAGUUAUAUUACUGAGGCAGCUACCUGCCCGUGCCCCUCUCCUCCUCCUGGUUUGGGACUACCCUCCCCAUCUGCUGCUAUAUUUAACUGCUUUCUUGGCCAUAAAAGGCUGGUUGUGUGGCCUGACAUUCCACUGCCUGACCACAUGCAUUAUUUUUGAACUGGCCUCCAGGGUCCUGUCUUUAGCCCUGCCUCUUAACAUUUUCUUGGAUUCAACCUAGGCGGAGUUUUCAUUCUCUCAUCCAGCUCCUCGGCCUCAUCGGAACAUUUCCACCACCAUCACUCCUUUGGAAACUGGUGGCCCGGUUCCUUCAAGGGGCACAGGAUGUCUUUGCCUUUUUAUCAGAGGUCCCACCAGCACUAUGAUUUCAGCUACCGCAACAAGGACCUCCGCACCACCGUGAGCCACUACCAGCAGGAGAAGAAGCGCUCGGCCAUCUACACCCAGGGCUCCACGGCCUACAGCAGCCGCUCCUCCGCCGCGCACCGCCAGGAAGCCGAGGCCUUCCGUCAGGCGUCCGCCGCCUCCUUCCAGCAGCAGGCCUCACAGUACGCCCUGAGCUCUGACGUCAGUCGGAAGGCGGCCUCAGCCUAUGAUUAUGGCUCCUCCCAUGGACUUACAGAUUCCAGUCUACUGUUAGAUGAUUAUUCAUCCAAGUUGAGCCCCAAACCAAAGAGAGCCAAGCACAGCCUUCUGUCUGGAGAAGAGAAAGAAAAUUUGCCCAGUGACUACAUGGUACCCAUUUUCUUGGGACGUCAAAAGCAUGUCAGUGGAAUUACAGAUACGGAAGAAGAAAGAAUUAAAGAAGCUGCUGCUUAUAUAGCCCAGAGGAAUCUUCUUGCUAGUGAGGAAGGAAUCACAACAUCUAAACAGUCCACGGCAUCUAAGCAGUCCACGGCAUCCAGGCAGUCCACGGCAUCCAAGCAGUCCACGGCAUCCAAGCAGUCCACGGCAUCCAGGCAGUCCACGGCAUCCAAGCAGUCCGUGGUUUCCAAACAGGCCACGUCUACUCUUCAACAAGAAGAAACUUUUGAAAAGAAGUCAAGGAAAGUUGCGAUUCGAGAAAAGGCAGAACGCCUGACCCUGAGGAAAACUUUAGAAGAAACCGAGGCGUAUCAUGCCAAGUUGAAUGAAGACCAUCUUCUCCACGCUCCUGAGUUUAUCAUUAAACCUCGCUCCCACACGGUGUGGGAGAAGGAGAAUGUAAAAUUGCACUGCUCCAUAGCAGGCUGGCCAGAACCUCGUGUCACGUGGUAUAAAAACCAGGUGCCAAUAAAUGUCCAUGCAAACCCUGGAAAGUACAUUAUUGAGAGUCGAUAUGGAAUGCACACGCUGGAGAUUAAUGCAUGUGAUUUUGAAGAUACAGCUCAGUACCGGGCCUCGGCGAUGAAUGUUAAAGGAGAGCUUUCGGCAUAUGCUUCAGUUGUGGUAAAGAGGUAUAAGGGAGAGUUUGAUGAGACUCGCUUCCAUGCUGGGGUUUCCACCAUGCCCCUCAGCUUUGCUGUGACCCCGUAUGGUUAUGCAUCCAAAUUUGAGAUCCACUUUGAUGACAAAUUUGAUGUGUCUUUUGGGAGAGAGGGAGAGACAAUGAGUCUAGGCUGUCGCGUAGUCAUCACUCCUGAAAUUAAACAUUUCCAGCCAGAGAUCCAGUGGUACAGAAAUGGAGUACCUCUUUCACCAUCGAAAUGGGUGCAAACACUUUGGAGUGGAGAGCGGGCAACACUGACAUUUUCCCAUCUCAACAAAGAAGAUGAAGGCCUCUAUACAAUCCGUGUACGGAUGGGAGAAUAUUAUGAACAAUAUAGUGCUUAUGUCUUUGUUCGAGAUGCUGAUGCAGAGAUUGAAGGAGCCCCAGCUGCUCCCUUGGAUGUGAAGUGCUUGGAGGCCAACAAAGAUUAUAUCAUCAUCUCUUGGAAACAGCCAGCUGUCGAUGGAGGGAGUCCUAUUCUUGGAUAUUUUAUUGACAAGUGUGAGGUGGGCACAGAUAACUGGUCGCAGUGCAAUGACACACCUGUGAAGUUUGCUCGUUUUCCUGUCACUGGAUUGAUCGAAGGUCGUUCCUAUAUCUUCCGAGUUCGAGCUGUGAAUAAAACGGGAAUAGGUUUCCCAUCUCGAGUUUCCGAGCCCGUGGCUGCUCUGGAUCCAGCCGAGAAAGCUAGACUUAAAAGUCGCCCCUCAGCACCCUGGACUGGACAGAUCAUUGUUACUGAAGAAGAACCUUCAGAGGGUAUUGUGCCUGGCCCCCCGACAGACCUCUCUGUCACUGAGGCCACCCGGAGCUACGUGGUGCUCAGCUGGAAGCCCCCUCGUCAGCGUGGUCAUGAGGGCAUUAUGUACUUUGUGGAAAAGUGUGAGGCAGGAACAGAAAACUGGCAGCGAGUGAACACGGAGCUCCCCGUGAAGUCUCCCCGCUUUGCUCUGUUUGACCUGGCCGAGGGGAAAUCCUACUCUUUCCGCGUUCGCUGUUCUAAUUCUGCAGGCGUUGGUGAGCCCUCGGAUGCAACGGAGGUGACUGUGGUAGGGGACAAACUUGAUAUCCCCAAGGCUCCUGGCAAAAUCAUCCCGAGUAGAAACACAGACACUUCAGUGGUGGUUUCAUGGGAGGAGUCCACAGAUGCCAAAGAGCUGGUCGGGUACUACAUAGAGGCGAGCGUUGCUGGCUCUGGCAAGUGGGAGCCCUGUAACAACAACCCCGUGAAGGGCUCACGAUUUACUUGUCAUGGAUUGGUGACUGGUCAGAGUUAUAUUUUCCGGGUCAGAGCAGUCAAUGCAGCUGGACUUAGUGAAUAUUCCCAGGAUUCAGAAGCUAUUGAAGUCAAAGCUGCUAUUGGGGGAGGAGUGUCUCCAGAUGUGUGUCCCGCACUGAGCGAUGAGCCUGGUGGACUAACCGCCUCCAGGGGGCGCGUGCAUGAAGCCUCCCCGCCAACCUUCCAGAAAGAUGCUUUGCUUGGUAGCAAACCUAACAAACCUUCACUACCCAGUAGCUCUCAAAACCUGGGCCAAACAGAAGUGAGUAAAGUAAGUGAAACAGUUCAGGAAGAGCUUACCCCACCACCACAGAAAGCGGCUCCUCAGGGGAAAAGUAAGUCUGACCCCCUGAAAAAGAAGACAGACAGAGCACCACCAUCUCCACCCCAUGAUAUCACCUGUCUUGAAAGUUUUCGUGACUCAAUGGUUCUUGGAUGGAAGCAACCUGAUAAGAUUGGAGGGGCAGAAAUUACUGGCUAUUAUGUGAACUAUCGCGAGGUCAUUGAUGGGGUACCAGGAAAAUGGAGAGAAGCCAAUGUCAAGGCUGUCAGUGAGGAGGCAUACAAGAUUAGCAACUUGAAGGAAAACAUGGUGUAUCAGUUCCAAGUGGCAGCCAUGAACAUGGCUGGGCUGGGCGCGCCCUCUGCAGUAAGCGAAUGCUUCAAGUGUGAAGAGUGGACCAUCGCCGUCCCAGGACCACCGCACAGUCUCAAGUGUAGUGAAGUCAGGAAGGACUCCCUGGUUCUCCAGUGGAAGCCUCCAGUCCACUCGGGGCGGACUCCAGUCACUGGUUACUUCGUGGAUGUGAAGGAGGCCAAGGCCAAAGAGGACCAGUGGCGAGGGCUCAAUGAGGCGGCAAUUAAAAACGUAUACCUGAAGGUUCGAGGCCUCAAGGAGGGCGUCAGCUACGUGUUCCGUGUUCGAGCCAUAAACCAGGCGGGAGUUGGGAAGCCGUCUGACCUUGCUGGCCCUGUUGUGGCAGAGACCCGUCCAGGCACCAAAGAGGUUGUUGUAAAUGUGGAUGAUGAUGGAGUCAUUUCAUUGAACUUCGAGUGUGAUCAGAUGACUCCAAAGUCCGAGUUCACCUGGUCCAAAGAUUAUGUAUCCACUGAGGACUCUCCACGGUUAGAAGUCGAAAGCAAGGGCAACAAGACGAAAAUGACCUUCAAAGACCUUGGGAUGGACGACUUGGGUAUUUACUCUUGCGAUGUAACAGACACUGAUGGAAUAGCAUCAAGCUACUUAAUAGAUGAGGAAGAAUUGAAACGUUUACUUGCUCUCAGCCAUGAACACAAGUUCCCAACUGUCCCAGUGAAAUCAGAGUUGGCAGUUGAAAUUUUGGAGAAGGGCCAGGUCCGGUUUUGGAUGCAGGCUGAGAAGCUAUCUGGCAAUGCCAAAGUCAACUACAUAUUUAACGAGAAGGAAAUUUUUGAAGGCCCGAAAUAUAAAAUGCAUAUUGACCGAAACACUGGCAUCAUUGAAAUGUUCAUGGAGAAACUACAGGAUGAGGAUGAGGGAACGUACACUUUCCAGCUUCAAGACGGAAAAGCAACUAACCAUUCUACUGUUGUUCUCAUUGGAGAUGUUUUCAAAAAGCUCCAGAAAGAAGCUGAAUUCCAGCGGCAAGAAUGGAUCAGGAAACAAGGUCCUCACUUUGCUGAGUAUUUGAGCUGGGAAGUGACUGGUGAAUGUAAUGUACUAUUGAAAUGCAAGGUGGCAAAUAUUAAGAAGGAGACUCAUAUUGUGUGGUACAAAGAUGAGAGGGAGAUAUCAGUGGAUGAAAAGCACGACUUUAAGGAUGGUAUAUGUACCCUGCUUAUAACAGAGUUUUCCAAGAAAGAUGCUGGGAUUUAUGAAGUUAUCCUGAAAGAUGACCGAGGAAAAGAUAAGAGCAGACUGAAGCUUGUGGAUGAAGCCUUUAAGGAACUGAUGACAGAAGUAUGCAAAAAAAUAGCUUUGUCUGCUACAGACCUCAAAAUCCAGAGCACAGCCGAGGGCAUCCGACUGUACUCUUUUGUAACUUACUACGUGGAGGAUUUGAAAGUUAACUGGUCCCACAAUGGGACCGCCAUUAGGUACUCAGACAGAGUUAAGACCGGGGUCACUGGAGAGCAGAUCUGGCUACAAAUCAAUGAGCCCACCCCGAAUGACAAAGGGAAGUACGUCAUGGAGCUCUUUGAUGGCAAAACUGGACAUCAGAAGACAGUGGAUCUUUCUGGACAAGCAUACGACGAGGCCUAUGCUGAAUUCCAGAGGUUGAAACAAGCUGCCAUUGCCGAGAAAAAUCGUGCCCGGGUGUUGGGAGGUCUCCCAGAUGUGGUCACCAUCCAGGAGGGGAAGGCCCUUAAUCUCACUUGCAAUGUGUGGGGAGACCCGCCUCCGGAGGUCUCGUGGUUGAAGAACGAAAAGGCCCUGGCCUCAGAUGACCACUGCAACCUCAAGUUCGAGGCCGGGAAGACCGCGUACUUCACCAUCAACGGCGUGAGCACCGCUGACUCGGGCAAAUACGGGCUGGUUGUGAAGAACAAGUAUGGCUCGGAGACCAGCGACUUCACUGUCAGCGUGUUCAUCCCAGAGGAGGAGGCGAGGAUGGCUGCCUUGGAGGCCCAGAAAGGCGGCAAGAAGGCCAAGUGACCGGGGGUGCGAGGAGAGCCAGGCGGCCUGUGCGACUUGGGUGUGAAUGGUUUGGGUUAAGGAUGAGACGUCUUCGUGCUUUCUCCUCCCUCUUCUUUUCUGGCUUGAGGGGGAAAUAAUGUCAGAUCUUUCAUUCAUAUAAAAAAGCACCAACUAGUGACACUUUAAUUGUUUUUCUUUAUCUACAAAAUUAUGUGUUAAGAAAAUACCAUUCAUAGCAUGAAGAUUAGGAAAGAGUUUUAAGGAGAAGACUUGAAUACAGUUGGAGGGACAUUGAGUGAUGGUCAGAGGGCAGACGAAUGUGUUGUGGGGUGAGUUGGGAUUAGCUGCAGCUGUGAAGCCACGGCCGUGUCUCGUGUGUUGUCACAGAAGUGCUGUGCUUUUCAAUGGGCGCCUUAUGGCUGGGAACCUCCUCAGUAUGAAUAAACAGUUUUCACAUCUGUCCUCUUCUCCGA